AUGUCGAACAUGAAUAUCCAAGGAUCAUCCGGUCGCCCCCAAGGUGGUCAAGACAUCGCCUCCCUUUUGGCUCGCUCCGCCGAGACCAACCGAAUGCGAGAUGCCGCCAUCAUUGCUGCCAGUGCCGCCCAAGCCCUUGCCCAAGCCCAAGACCCUGAUGACUCCGAGAUGGGAGUGGAUCGCCCCCCGGCUGGAUCCACCACCCUCGAUGACCUUAUUAUACGUUUGGGUUUAGCAACCCAGACGGAAGGUUCCUCUCUCCACCCUGGCAGUUAUCUUCCCUCUUUUAAGAAGGGAGCUCUAUCUGAAAAGGUGGCCGCUGACAUUCUACACAAGUUUGUCAAUAGAGCGGCCGUUUUGAUGGAUAAAGUUAGUGUGAUUGCCAAGGCUCAAGAGGAACUUGAUCAAACCCUUCCGAAAAACCUAUCUGAUGCAUUACAGGCAUCAUUGGUCUCUAUUGAGACUAAUGACCGUCUUACAAUGCAAGGUAAGGACUAUACUCGCACCCUUCUUAAGGCGGCUGCACAAGAGUUUGUCACUCAAGUACAGGCGCUGAGGGUUACCGCAGAACUUGAGGCAGUUAACAAUGGAUUAAAGAAAAUCAAGCUGAACAAGACUUCCGCAAAGCGCGGAAAAGGCAAAUCACCCCCUCACAAGCGCAAGAACGAACUUUCCAAGUUCAAGGGCCCAAAAGGCCCCGCGCCCAAGAAGGGGAAGAACAACAAGAAGAACGGACCCAAACCCAAAGGACCCAAGAACCAUCCCAAAGGGAAACAUCCGUCCGCGAAGGCAGGCAACCAAAGAAGCCAAAAUGGCGCGCGCCGAAACGCAGCCAGAAAGAAGUAA